AUGAGUUCUUCACUCAGGUUCUCUCAACAGUCUUCUUACCCAAUAUCUGUGCGACCGGUGGUAGUAGCUCCGAGAAAACGUACACUCCAAGUCAGCAUCUCAAAGAAGGAUAGAAAGAUUCAGAGGCUUAGAGAUGAAGUCAGUGACUUUUAUGAUCAAAAGCUCAAGUCUCUUAAACCAGUAGAGAAAAAGCAAAAAGCAACUGAGUGGAUCAAGAAGAAUGUGGUAGACAAAGAGAAGAAAAUAGGCGUUGUGGAGUUUGGAGAUAUAAUAGGAAAGGGAAAGUUUGAUCUCACGGAAUUCAUGCUCGUCCAGAUUGGUCUUAUAGAGGAGGAUAAGGAGAAGAAACAGAAGGAGGAGGAGGAGAAGCUCAAGAAAAAGAAAGAGGAGGAGGAAAAGCUCAAGAAACAGAAAGAGGAGGAGGAGAAGCUCAAGAAACAGAGAGAGGAGGAGGAGAAGCUCAAGAAACAGAAAGAGGAGGAGGAAGAGAAAGCAAGGGACGAGAGGGAGACUGAGAAAGUGAAGAGGUUUUUAGAUGAGGAUGAUGCAGAGAAGAAAGCAAGGGACGAGAGGGAGACUGAGAAAGUGAAGAGGUUUUUAGAUGAGGAUGAUGCAGAGAAGAAAGCAAGGGACGAGAGGGAGACUGAGGAAGUAAAAAGGCUUAUAGAAGAGGAUGAUGCAAAGGAGAAGGCAGAAGAGGAAGCACACAAUCUUCUUUGUGUAGCCCUUGUGCUCGGCGCAUUGAAGCAUUGGCUCUAA